GUACGCAAGCCAGAAAUAACUUUCGCCGGUUUGCAAAAUGAGUACCAAUUGGUACUACUCAUUCUCGCCAGGCGACUCUGCCCUUCCAAUUAAUGCCGCGCUACCUGACGGCCACUUUUGCAACGAGCUUGCCCCCAGCGCGGAGCAGUGCGACAUCUCUGGAGGACGCGGGAUAGUUCUUGGUGCCGUCACUUCAAGCCAUGGAUAGUACGGAUAAAAUGUGGCGGCUGUGAGCAUGGCGGAUGCCUUGGAGGCCAUGGCAGCAUAUGCCGAAGAAGCUGCUCCACUGGACGGCGGUGGGGCUAUCAUCCUCAUCCCACAGGAGGAUGGCCAGCCUGUUCUGCUUGGGGAGGCUUUGGUGGGUGGUGGCUCCCAGCUGGUGCUGGGUCAGCUGCAACCACUGCAGCUCGAAGGAAGCAACCAAGUGGCUGCUGCACCAUUGGUAUUUGCUCCCGUCAGCACCGAAGGCACCCUGAUGACCACAGUGGCACCUGCCACUACCACCGCCCCUACUCCACAGGAGGAGGAGGAGGCUAGCACUGUCAGGCAGGUUGAGCUUCAGGCGGCUGGUGCAGCACCGCUCUUGCGCACAGUGACACAGACGAUGAAGGUGCGCUGGCUGGAUGAGCUGCUGGCACACAAGGGGAUCCACUGCCCAAUCCGAGACUGCCCCUUCACCUGCCUCGCCAUCACAGCCAUGGAGAAGCACUAUGCACAGUGUGCUGGGGUGAAUGGAUCUGGCCUGGACCAGUGCCCGUACUGUGAGGCCCAGUUCCUCACCCACAGCAGCGCCCUGCACGUGCACAUAGUGGAGGAGCACCCGACUCGGCGCUCUCUCAUGCACUCGCACGUGGGCGAGGGACGCUACCGCAAGUCCCUGGGGACCCGACGCAGCAGGGCCCCCCUGCCACCACCACCCAAGCGACCCUUGUUGGCCCGGCCGCCUGCCACUGCCGGGGCCGCCACGCAGCAGCAGCAGGCCGGUGGGACUCAGUGGGACUGGGAGCAGCGUCGGCGCACCUACUCUCGCUCGUGGGGUGAGCCCAUGGGCCCGACGUCGGAGCUGUUCCGACGAGCAGGCUCCGAGGAGGAAGACCCGCUGCAGCUGCCCCGGUCAGUGAUCAACCGCAGCGAGAUCACCAUGUCCUCCGAGGAGCUGGCCCUGGAUGAUCACCAGCUACAGCAGGAAGGUGCCGCCACAGCCGAGUCGGCGGAGGAGCCUCCGGUGGAGACACUCACGCCUGAGACCAUUCGCCUGGAGCCAAUGCCACAGGCUCGGACCAGCCGGGGCCGGGGGGGCUCCUCUUCCAGGCGGCUUCCUCGCAGCCGCUACCGAGGGGACAAUGUGCGCACCAUGCAGGUGAUAGUGAAGAAUGCCUCGGGUGCGGAGAGUACGAAUGCCCUGCUGCGCAACCCGCGGGUGCUGCAGACCUUAGGUGACCUGGCCGUGAAUGCUGCGACCACAGGUGCUUCGGCAACCGUCACUGUGGCCACAGGGGGGCCACAGGUCGAAGAGGAGGACGAGGACCAGGCGGUGGUGGCUGUGCACAGUGCGACGGCCUCCGACGGCCGCUACCUCCAGGUGGAGCGAGCUCUCAAGGCACCCACUCUGCGGCCGGCUGAGGUGGACCGUUUCUUUGGGAGGCGUGUGGACUGCUCGUGCCAGACGGAUGACCUACCUCCGAUGCUGCCUGUCCGCCCUGAGCUACCGCCAGCUGGUACGAUUGCUCCUCCGGCGAUCCUGAAGAGGACUCGCCUGCUGGCACCUGCACAGGCCAAAGUGGCCGGCAGGCCGCUGGCGGUCAGCAUAGUCUGUUCAAGCCGUGCCUCGUCAUCUGAUGAAGAAGACGAUGGCGGCACACCAGUCGUGCCAGUGAAGCAGCAGAGCCAGCAGCAGCUGGUUUCCUCUGAGGUGCCAACCACGCAGGCUUCAGCCGUUGCAGAGCCACAGCCUUCACAAGUCGAGCAUUCGGUGACACUGCACUCAACUGCAGAGAAGACUGCAGCACCUGAGCAGCUGCUGCAGCAGUUUGUGCUGGCAACAGUUCAAGAGGGACCACCACAGGCAGCAGCAGCAGCAGUCCCAGCCCAACCACGUGGUGUAGCAGAGCUGCCACCCAUCCCACAGCUGAUGGUGCAGCAGCCGGGCUUGCCCCAGCAGUUUCUGGUGCCAGUGAGCCAGGCUGUGCUACUGGGGCAGCCACUGCAGCAGCACCAGCUCGCCCAGCUGCUGGCCCUACAGAAGUCAUGGGCUGCCUCCCAGCCAGCACUGGAAGAGUGCCAGGUGCCACAGCCUAUUCACUUGACUGCACUGCCGCAGGAGCAGCAGGAGCAGCAGGAGCAGCAGCAGCAGCAGCAGCAGCAGCAGCAGCAGCAGCAGCAGCAGCAGCAGCAGCAGCAGCAGCAGCAGCAGCAGCAGCAGCAGCAGCAGCAGAAGCCAGUGAUUGUGCAGGCAGGGAGCUCAACACAGCCUGUGCAGCCGGUCAUGCUGCUGCCAGCAGGACAGGCACUGGUGACUCCACAGCCUGUGACAGCAGGCCAGCUGCCAGCUGCGCACAGCAUUAGUCAGAAAGUGAAUGAGCAGCUGCCACCUGAAGUUCAGACAGCCACAGUGCAAGCAGCAACUCUCGAUGAUGGUGCUCAGGCUGCUGGAAAGGUGUUAGUGCAAGAGGCAACUUCUGCUCACACUGAGGGUCCAGAAUGCAGCAAAGAGCAACAGGGUAGUCCAGUCGAGGUAGAGCCCAACACUACUGAGCAAUCAGGGGAGAAAGUGGCAAGCAAUGCAGCAGAAGAUGUUGCUGCAGUGAUGUGCGAGGCACCACUUGUAGCUCCUCCAAUACCAGCUCAAGACAGUUCAGCUUGCUUGGAUCAACUGGAUGUGGUCAUAGAAAAAUGUCACCCUGCAGAUAAGGCAUCUGCAGAUGGCAGCUUGCCUGCAGUAAUCAAGUCACAAGAAGGCUUACAGCAGCAUGCUUGUCAUGGGAGCACAUCAGUAUGUAACUCUGUCGAAGGUUUGCCUGUUUCUGGAGAAUCCACUGUUCCAGCUGAGCAUCUCCAAGAGCAGCAUCAAGUUCCUGAAGAGGUGCAUCCAGUGGAUCCUAGGGCUGAGCAAGAGCCCCAGAGGAGAUAUUGCAAAGAGCUUUGCAACCUGCAUUCAUGCAAUAUUCCACAACAAGAGUUUGGCCAGAGCCUGGAGCCCGAACGUCAUCUCAGUGUUGAAGGCCAGUCUGUGUCACAGUGUGAGGGAAGCUACGCUUUUCACCUGCAGGGGCCGGAUAGUUCGCCGGAACAGGUGGUUCCUCAACACGAUGUUGCUCAACGUGAGGCAGGUGUGACCUCUGAGGUUGCACUGGAAGGCACAGGUGAGGAAUCACUGGCAGCAUGUGAAGAUGAGGGCGCUGUGGGACAAGGAUCUCAAGACAUGCAUGCACAGCAGCAGCAGCAGGCCCUGGAACGAAGCACCAAUCAAGUUGAGCUAGAAUCUAGGAGGCUGGACCAGCAGGAUGCCAGUUGUGUGGAACCACUGGCCUCUUCUGCACUAUACCCAGGUGCAGCCAGGGCGCCACUGGCGCCUACUACUGUGACAGAAGGAAGUGUGCAGCAGAGUGCUCAAGACGGCAACACCUUCAUAGUUUCUAGUCAGCCGCAUCCUAUGCAUGUUUUAGUGCCAUCAUUGGACACUGCCUCCACAAAUGACCAACAAAUUGAGGAGCAAAAAGCUUUACGUUCAGAGGAGAUAUUUGCUAAGGUUUCAAGUAAAGCAUCUCCAGAAAUGGGUGUCAAGCAGACAUGUCUUCUGCUCUCAAUGCCCGAAGGUGUGCCUAGUCAUAAGACUCAGGGCAAAGGCAUGUCGGAGCAGCAUAGCUUGGCCAAUUCUUCUGGGCAGAGUGACUCGGAGAAGCCACCUGCUGAGGAAAGCCCUCUCUCUCCAGCAGCUAAAAGAUUCAAAGCAUGUAAAGGGGAUGCUGUUGAACCAGUUUAUUUGACGCUUCCUUGUAGCAGGGAUGACAGUGAUGUUUUCAUGGACGAUGCAGACUCUGCAUCUAGUUGCGAGGCUUUACACAUUGUGGAGUCGGUACCCGAAGAAGAGGUCAGAAGUAUGGGCAGGGCUGGAACUGGCGAGUCGCAGGCUGAUGCGGAAGAUGCUGCCGGUCAUUUUUUAGUGGUUAGCGGAGGCCGUCGCGUGGCGGCCUCCACUUGUGCCCAGAUCCCUGUGCAGUUGGUUGUCUCGGACGGGAUGCAGCAGCUGAAGAGGCUGGCUUGCAAUGUCACCUGUCGCACAUUCGAGCAAUCGCGCACGAGUUUUCGACCUGGUGACAAGCCCACCUUGCAAUUCACAGUUGAGCUGAAACUGGGCUCCAGGUCGUCCACAUUGCGCCCACUUGUGAAACCUUGGUCGAAGAUUGCAGGCCGACUUGCAGUGAAGCGUCAGCGACCAAAGCGAUUUCAACUACGAUUCAAGCCAACUUCAUUGCCACAACAGCUCAGGCCUCCUGUCAUCACUUCACAGAGAGAGGACGUUUUGCCUGUCGCGUCAGGGCAGACAACUCUCGUGGACGAGGAGGCAGGCAGCUCCAGCUCUAGUGCUGGGCAGCACCUUGAAGCUACAGGCGAGGUUGCAGGCCGCAGACUCAAGGGGAAGCCAACCAAGCGCAGCCAGUCACCACCCCUGGAAAACAGUCCACCAUCCCCAGAGCCCAAGAGGAGGAGGGGUCGUCCAAAAAAGAAUAACAGCCAAGAGGAAGGAGCAGCAGGAGGUGGCAGCCCUGACGCCUGGAGGAGGAGCUCGGGCCGCCUUGCAGAGGCUGCUACAAAGGACUCCUUUACUUGCUCUGCAUGUGGCAAGAUGUUCACCUGCAGGAAAGAAGCAUCGGAUCACAUUCUUCACGCCCAUUACAACCUGGCACGACUGAAUGAUGAGCGGCCAUUCAGCGAGCAGGAAGUCCGGGCAGCCCUGCGUCGUGCAGCAGAAUCCCUCGACCAGCUGGUGUGUCGGGGCUGUGGAGGAGCCUUCGAGACCUACAUGUCUUUCUAUUUGCACCGCAGCCGCUGCCAGUCGUCCCUUGGCAAGGAAGAACAGCAGACGGGAGGCGCUUUCCAGGACAAGAGCUGCAGGGGGAAAAAGCGACCGGCUGCGGCUCAAAAGUCGUUCACCUGUUCGGCGUGCAAGCGUGCAUUUGGCUCCAGGCAGGAUGCCGACUCUCACAUCCUGAGCACCCACUACAACUUGGCCCGCGUAAACGAUGACCGGCCGUUGACCGCGCCGGAAGUGGUGUCUGCCCUGAACCAGAUCAAGAACCGGUUGCGUGGCUUUGACUGCCUCCAGCCAGGCUGCAGCCACUACGCUGCCAGUGCCUCCGAAUACCUGCACCACCUCAAUAUCUGUGGCCCAUAUGCUGGACAGAUUGCAGCAGCAGACGAGGUGGUGUCCACACUCCGCAACAAGAGCCAGGCUUUGUCCACCCGACCCAGCCAACCCAAGCGGGUGCCCUGCUUCAAGAUCAACCUGGAUUUCCCCGAUGGGACAGCGCUGGUAUGCUCAAGCUGUCACAAGUCGUUCACCUGCAAGAAGGCUAUCACAGAACAUGUGCUCAAGGCACACUACAAUCUGGCACGGGUGAAUGAUGAGCGUCCUCUGAGCCUGGAGGAGAUGAGAUCAGCCCUGCGGCAGGCCAGCUUCACCACAUCACGCUUUACAUGCUCAGAGCCUGGAUGCACAGCCAGCUUUGCCUCGUACAUGUCCUACUAUUCUCACCUCAGCCACUGCGGGCCAUUCGUCAGGACCUUCUUCAGCGAGCCAGUUCAGGCCUCCCCCAUCGUACAGGGCCCAAGCGAGAAGGGCAAGCGUUCAUCUGCACUCAGAGCGCUGGCUUCCUUCCGGGCAUUGGAGAGUGCAGCAGAUAAUGCAGCCAGUGUCCAGCAGGCCUCGAGGGACUCGGACUUUGCACCGUCUGAAGAGGAAGGUGAGCAGGGGUGCGACAGCUGGUCAGAAGACGACGAUGAUGACGAUGAUGACGAAGAACUGGAGCAUCAGAUGGUGUGCGAGGAAGAGGAGGAAGACAAGCCAACAGUGGGGGUGAUUCUGCAGCGUGCUUGGCAAGGCAGGUACGAAGCACCCCAGCAGCAGCCGGUGGACCAGAUCGACCCCAAGAUGGUGGUCAGCUGGGCCGACACCCUCGCCCACACUCCCCACAUCCAGUGCCCUAACGAGGGUUGCACCAAGCAGUUCAGCACAGUGCCAGGCCUGCGGUACCACUUUCGACGAUGCCGCCUGAUGCAGCUGUACCGGUGCCUCAACUGCUCUGACGGCACGUUCGCUCGCCCAAAGUCCCUGCUGCAGCACCUGCGCUCUUGCUACCCGGAGCGCCCCGAAGGAGACCAGCCUCGGACCUCCGUGGCGGGAGUGCCACACGGCCAUCGGCGCUCAGUCGUGUCUGCUGCCUUGCCCUCUCAGCGGCUGCCAGCACAGUUGCCAAGCACGCUGGGACCCCUGUUCCGCCACUUGCACCGGCGCAUGCAACAAAUGCACAAGCAGAGCCAGUGCUGGGAAGAGACACUCUACCCCGGAUGGACUCCCAGUGGCUGGCGACUUUUGGACCAGCAGGAGACACGGCUGCCCCGUUUCCGGGAGAGUCCCUCCCUGCGUGCAGGAAAGCCUGCCACGCAGGAGUGGCAGCGGCUGCCUCUGUUCGGCUGCCUGUCCGCACCAGAAAGCUGCCAUGUGACCUUCUAUCCAGGUGGUGCCAUUUGGGCUGCAGCAUGGUGUCCCCUGCCACCAGGAGAGGAGCAACUGACCCAUCACGAGUGGGUGGCACUGUCUUGCUGCCCGGACCCUGAUCAAGAGCACCCACUGACCGAGGCCACGUCUGAACCGGGCCUCUUGCAGAUCUGGGACCUAGGACCCCUGCAGCUCAACAGGGGUCCACGUGAGGGAGGCAUGUCACCACGGCUAGGUCUGUGCCUUGCACAUGACUUUGGCUUCGUGGCCGGCUUGGAUUGGUGCCCUUCUGGCUGCCAUCAGGAAGGGGACCGUCUGGGCCUACUGGCACUCGCUUGUGGAGAUGGCUGUGCUCGCAUUCUCAGCAUCCCAUUCCCAGACAGCUUGCCUACAGCCGAAGACCAGGCUGCUCCAGUGUACACAGUGGGCGGCAGCGAGUCCCAGUUGCUGCAGCUGUGUGUCCCGCCAGGGCCCCUGGGCUUAGUGCCCUGCACCCGGGUGGCCUGGGACGUGGCCAGAAGGCACCAGCACAUUGCUCUGGGCUUUGCUGACGGACGAGUGGCCGUGUUCCGUGUGGCACCAAGCAGGGAGGAGGAGGAGCCCCUGUGGGUGUGGCAGGCCCACCAGGGUGCCAUCAUGGGCCUUGGCUGGACACCCCAGGGUCAUGUCUGCACGGCAGCCAUAGACCAAGCGGCAAAGGUGUGGGACCUGCACAGGCCCGGCCUGGUGCCAGUGUCGGCCAUUGUGAGAGGCCCUGCCCGGCAGAUGGUGCUGUCCCCACACUGGAAUGGCCUCUUCGUGGUCGGGGAGGAGUCUGCGGUGUGUGGGCCCGCGCAUUCUCUGUUCCUGGAGAGCGGCUACUAUGGUUUCACACCCAAAACGCUGGUGUCCCACUAUGCCACUGUCUGGGGAGUUACUGUGUCUCCAUGGAGCAAUGUGGUGGCCUCGUGUGAUGCAUCAGGCAAGGUGGCAGCCAUCUUGCUGCCAUACAUGUCUUCAAACUUGGAUUUUGUCAAGCACCACCCCAAAGUGCGCUUGCCGCUGUUCCGGGCCCUGUUGGUGCCACAGGGGGAGCACAGGGGCUGCCCCACCCAGCAUGGUGGCCACGCUCUGGCCCAACAGCAGUAUGGCAUUUCUUUUGAGGACGUACCCCUGGACCAAGAAAGCUUGUUUCUUCAAAAGGCGCAGGAGCGUGUGGAGAAGAAGGAUUCUUGUGGCCAGUACCAACUCAACUCGUUCACCACGGACCUGCCUCUGUGCAUGUCUCUCCCAUCACAUGAUGUGCCACAUGGUUGCUCGACACAGUUGUUAUACUGCUGGGCCACAACUUCACAUUCGGGGAAAGUGUCCACUUUGUGGUGUGCUGGAGCCCCAACUGUGGCAGUGCCAACUGGCUGUUCUCGGCAGGGCAGGCCGGCGUGGCUCGACUCACAUGGCUUGGGCUCUAUGCUCAGCGCUUGAAGGAUGCCGCCUUGUGACGAUGGUCCUUUCAAGAGCCUUCAUUGUGUACGCAGAGCAGUGCAAGAAAUGACUUUGGCAGUGCACCUCAUCGUAACUAAUUCCUCGAGUUAAACCUAAUGUAAAGUGGGUUCAGGAAAUUGUACACAUCAAGCCAUGGCUGUCUUCUUGAUAGAUGACUUAGAUAAGGAGUGUCUCGGAUAAAAUAAUCUGCACUGGUUAGGCUGCAUGUAUUUGCUGCCUACUGUAGGCAUAGGCUGUGUGAAGAUGCAGUACAUCUAUUUGUCAUUUCUUUGAUAUCGAGAACAAAGUUGCUUGGCCAUCUUGUAA